CACUACGCCCUUCUUUCGUCUUUGUUGUGAACAUAACAAUGUCAGUAACAAGGUUAAGGUUUUGUCCUUCUUCUUCCAUUCCCAAGUUUUCUCCUUUUUUUCUCAACCCUUCUUCCUUCUCUUUCUUACACUCUCAUUCUCAAUCUCCUUCACUUCACCAUGACCAUGUUCACGACGCCGUUUCCCAAUUCGAUGGCAUGCUUCAUAUGCGACGUGUUCCUCCCAUCUUCCAAUUUGGGAAGAUUUUGGGAUCUCUUACAAGGAUGAAGCACUACCCUACUGCUAUUUCACUUUUUAAGCAGAUGGAGCUCAAGGGAAUUCAGGGUAACCUUGUCAUUCUCAACAUCCUCGUCAAUUGUUUCUGCCACUUAGACCAAAUGCCCUUAGCUUUCUCUAUUCUUUCCAAGAUUCUCAAACUGGGUUAUCAUCCAGAUGCUAUAACCUUAAGUACACUCAUCAAAGGUCUCUGUCUUAAGGGUGAGGUCAUGAAAGCGCUCAACUUAUAUGACAAGGUGGUAGCACAAGGGUUUCGGCUAAAUGAAAUUAGUUACGGGAUUUUGAUCAAUGGCUUGUGCAAGAUAGGAGAAACCGAAGCUGCCAUCAAGAUGCUCAGAAGGGUAGAAGGUGGAUUAUCGAAGUCUGAUGUGGUAAUGUACUCCACUAUUAUUGACUCUCUAUUCAAAGAUAAUCUUGCAAAAGAGGCUUAUGAUUUGAUAAAUAAAAUGAUAUCAAAUAAUAUCAAGCCCGACGUUUGUAUCUAUAAUAUAAUUAUUGAUGCUUUAUGUAAGGAAGGAAAGAUAAAAGAAGCCAAGAGUGUGCUAGGUGUGAUGGUGAAAGCUUGUGUGAAACCUAAUGUUGUUACCCUUAGCACUUUGAUGGAUGGGCAUUACUUAGUUAACGAGGUGAAGAAUGCUAAACACAUAUUUAAUGUUAUGAUCCAAAUGGGAGUAACUCCUGAUGUUCACAGCUAUAACAUGAUGAUUAAUGGAUUAUGUAAGAGUAAAAUGGUGGAUGAGGCCAUGAAUCUCUUUUGGGGAAUGCAUGAGAGGAAUAUGGUUCCUAAUACAGUAACUUACACUUCUCUUAUCGAUGGUUUAUGCAAAUCCGGGAGAAUAGCUUAUGUUUGGGAUCUUAUUGAUGAGAUGCAUGAUAGAAAUCAGCAACCAGAUGUAAUCACUUACAAUUGCUUGAUAGAUGCUUUAUGUAAAAACUAUCAUCUAGACAGGGCAUUUGAAUUAUUGAAGACAAUGAUGGAAAAGGGAAUUCGACCGGACAUGUACACCUGGAGCAUACUUAUUGAUGGAAUGUGCAGAGGGGGAAGACUUGAGAAGGCACAAGAGAUCUUUCAAGAUCUUUUAAUUAAAGGCUACCCUUUAAAUGUACGUAGUUAUAGUAUUAUGAUCAAUGGUCUUUGUAAGAAGGGUUUGCUUGAUGAGGCAUUGACCUUAUGGUCCAAAAUGGAAGACAAUGGUUGCUUGCCUAAUGCAGUAACCUUCGAAAUAAUGAUUAGGGCUCUCUUUGAAAAAGAUGAGAAUGACAAGGCAGAGACAUUUCUUCGGGAAAUGGUCUCUAGAGGAUUGCUGAACCCAUAAAAGGCCUUUUUAACCAAAUGAAACUCAAGGGAAUUCAAGUGACCUUAUCAAUCUCAACAUCCUCAUCAGAUCAGUUGUUUCUGCCACUUAGACCAAAUGGCCUUCGCUUUCUGUGUUUUUGUUAAGAUUCUCAUACUGGGUUAUCACCCACACGCCAUAACUUUAACAACACUCAUCAAAUCUCUAUGUUUCAAGGGUUAGAUCAAGCAAAAAUCAACUUUCAUGACAUGUGGUAGCACAAGGGUUUGGGCCCAACCAAGGUAGUUACAGGAUUUUGAUCAUGGCUCGUGCAAGAUAGAAGAGACAGAAGCUGCCAUCAAGUUGCUUAGAAUAAUUGAAAGUGCAUCUUGUGGUUCUUCCAAUCAAAGUUUUUAUACCAGUUCACAUGGGGUUUUAGUACAUAGUUUCUUGCUGUUGACCAUAUGUGUUAUGAUCUUAUGAAGCCUAUUGCUGACACUGUUGCUAUUAUUGAUUUCA